GUAUCUUAUGUUUGCGUGUGGAUCGUCUAGCUGCGGGCAGCUAGGUUUAGGCGUUAGUGAAGAAGUGAAUGUUUCCUCAUUUAAACAGGUGUCGUUUUUUGACAAUCUGAAAAUAAUUUCCAUUAACAGUGGCAGAGAACACACCCAAGUUUUAACGACUAAUGGAACUAGUCGUGAAUUGUUCUCUUUCGGCGGAAAUGACUCGGGAGAAUGCGGGCGAAGUGUGAAAUCGGGUUCAGUUCGUCCCUCUUUGGCUAACUUUGAGUCGUGUGGGAGUUUCGAAAUCGAUUUCAGCGUGUCGGGAACUGCGCAUAACAUUUCCUGUUCUUCUGACGGAAGAGUUUCCUGCUGGGGAUCGAACACUGACUCGCAAACCGGUUUGCAGGAAAGUGACGCGAAUACUGACGGUAUAUUCGACCUGCCAAAGAUACUCAAAUUCCCAGAACCAGUUUCAGUACGCGUUGUAGGUGCUGGGUCCAAACAUUCGGUUGCUAUAGCGACCACUGGCGUUCUGUAUAUGUGGGGAUCCAAUGCAUAUGGUCAGUUAGGUUUGGGCAAAGAUCUGGAAGUUGUCAAGCAUCCAACUGUUUUAAAAGGAGUAGAAGGGUUACCAGUUUCUAAAAUAGCGUGUGGAGGUUAUCACACGUUUUUCACCACGAUUUCAGGUCGAGUUUUUGCUUGCGGACGAAAUGGUUUCGGUCAACUUGGAAUUGGAGAUACGACAAAUCGGCAUGUUUUAACUCGAUUGAAUAAUUUGAAGCCGUAUUUUGUGUUGAAAAUUGCCGCAGGUGAACAGCAUUCGAUGUUUUUGUGCUCAAAAAUUGACCGGUCAGCUCAAUCUGAGAAACCUAAAGUGACAUUAAUGAGUUGUGGCAGUGGCUCUAAUGGACAGCUGGGUUUCUCUUCAGAAUCACCUGUUUUGAGUCCAAUCGAAGUGUUGUGGUCUGAUAAUUUGAACUUAGCCGACAUAUCAUGUGGCCGAAAACACACGCUGGGACUCACAGAAGAUGGAAAAGUUUUAGCUUGCGGACUGAAUAAUUUAGGCCAACUUGGAACCGGUGAUUGCAAUGAUGUUCACAAGUUAUCAGAAGUUGCUAACUUGCCGGGACGUAUAGGUCUAAUUGCUACAGGAGGUGACCAGUCGUUUUGUGUUCUCGAAAGCUCGCUUGUGAAGAUUGAAAGAAAGUUUCCGAUCGAAAGAAUUGAUCUGAGUUUUGCUCGGCAAUUCAUAAAAAAUCCAUCUGAUGUUUCGACCAAAUUUGGAGCUACUGAAUUAAAAAGUCUUCUUGAAGCAGUUUUUACAAAUGCAGCAUGUCUCAAUUCUUCUUUUUUGUACGACUACCCGGCUAUUAAGUGUCAAAGUUCGCCUCAAGAGUCUAGUGUCGACAUGGAAAUAGCCAGUAAUUUUUUUGCCACUUUGUGUGAAAUGUAUAAUUCAAGUUACAACAGAGCUCUUACGACGUCAGUGGAUACCCUAGUGCAGUCGGCGACCAGAGCUCCUGCAGAUAUCGAAUGUCUACGAUUUUAUCUUCCAAUUACCCAAUGUUACAUCAUGGAAAAUACUCUAAACUGGCAGAAUAAUAUAGUCCCUGUAGCUGUCCAUAUUCUGAGACUCAAUACAUCGGCACAGAAGACUCUGAAAUACUGGUUCCGAAAUUUGGACUCAAGAUACUUAACAAAAAUUCUGUCUGUCUACAAAGAGUUGAUCAAUUAUUUUGUGUUGACCUCGACUAAAGGAGGAAAAGAGGUCCUUCAAAAUGAACAAGUUGUCAAGUCUUUGAUGAUCUGUUUGCGCAUUUUGGAGUUUUUUCACUCCGUCAAUGAAAUGAAAGGGAACUCUGAAAAACUGCCUCCGAAUCGGUUCUACGUGAAGGAGUUGACUAACCGACUUGAUAUAGAAAACGACUUUGUAGUUUGGCUGCAGAAAAAGACUAGUGCCCAAAAUGCGAAGUGUAACACAGUGUCUUCUAUCAACGACCCUUUCAAAGUGGUCCCGGUGUGUGACUUCCCCUUCGUGUUCGACGUGGCUUCUAAGAGUUGUCUGUUGGCAUGUGAGGCCAUGAUCAAAAUGCAGAGAGUGGUGACUCAUUUGCAACUGCAGAGUCUGAUGACGGCCAACUUUGCAGGAAUGGCAUGCCCAUUUUUGGUGCUCUGUAUUAGCAGAGACAACUUAGUGGACUCCACUCUGAACCAACUUCUAUCCUGCGACGACUUCGACCUGCGCAAACCCCUCAAGGUUAUCUUCGAGGGAGAAGACGCAAUCGACGCAGGGGGCGUGAAGAAAGAGUUCUUCAUGCUCAUUCUGCGCGAAAUUCUUGACAUCAAAUACGGUAUGUUCAAAAUAAUGGGCAACAGCAAGUGGUUUAAUGACAUAUUCGAAGAGGAGUUGAGACUGUUCCGAAUGAUCGGAAUGAUCUGCGGACUUGCUAUCUAUAAUCAAACAAUAAUUGACCUCAUGUUUCCAAUGGUGCUAUACAAGAAACUGCUGGACAAAGAAGUUGGUCUUCAGGAUCUGUACUCGCUUGACGAGCAGUUGGCGAAGCAGUUGGACGACUUGAAGAAUUAUGAAGGCGAGGACGUCGAAGAAACAUUUUGCCUCAAUUUUCAAGUAGCAAAAGACUUUUAUGGAACCACAGUAGUUCAUGAUUUGAUACCAGAUGGUGGAAAUGUUCCGGUGACCCAUGAAAACAAGGAGCACUUCGUGAGUGUGUAUGUGAAUUAUAUCCUGAAUGAGUCUAUUCGAAAACAGUAUUAUGAGUUCAGUACUGGGUUCUACAAGGUUGUUCAAAGUGAUGUUCUCAAAUUUUUCCAGCCACAAGAACUGCAUGAGUUGAUAAGUGGGAGUAGUAAGUAUGAUUUUUUCGAAUUAGAAACGACGACCACUUAUAAAGGUGAGUUCAACGCGGACCACCCAGUGAUCAGAAACUUCUGGACUGUUAUCCAUGAAAUGUCUCAGGAAAUGAAGCUGAAGUUCCUGUUAUUCCUGACUGGAACUGAGAGGGUUCCAGUGAAUGGCAUGAAGAGUCUCCAGUUCACAAUCCAGCCUACUCAUGGAGGGGAGGAGUACCUGCCUGUUGCACACACCUGUUUCAACUUACUCGAUCUGCCAUUGUACAGAGACCUUGAGACUCUGAGACAGAAGCUGAAGUUUGCAAUUGAGCAAACGGAAGGCUUCGCUUUAGUGUGACAAUGAUACCCAUUUAGCCAUCACUCUCAAACGUACCUGGUGCGCCUUCAAAUUUUACACAUCACAAAAUUCAAAUUAAGCUGGUUAAAAUUUCAGCAUGUUAAAA